AGUCCAUGCUUUCCUCCUGGUCGUACCUUUUGGUCCACUCACUGAUGAAGACAAAGGAGAGUUAAAGACCAUCCAGAAGGUUUUCAGCUCACGAGUCAAUGACUUUGUCAUGGUCCUGUUUAGACAUGAUUGCAUUCCAUUUGAUGAAACUGCAGUUGACUUUGUGGAACAAAAUGCAGACACAAAGCAACUGAUCAAGAAAUGCGGAGGGCGGUAUAAAAUCUUUGACGCUUUGAAGAUUGAGAACGCCAAGCAGACGCUUGUAGCAGAAAUAGUCCAAAUGAUGGAUCAAAACAAGACAUGCUACACUCUGUACAUGUACAUGGAGGCUAAGCAUCAAUCAGAACUGGACGAAAAGAACAGAAGAAUCAAGGAUUUAGAGCAGAAAAUCAGCAACAUGUCACAAGGUGCUGAAAUGGAGCGCUCCAGCACAGAGUGCGUGAGGGUGGUGCUGAUUGGGAAAACUAGAAAUGGGAAGAGCGCCUCCGCAAACACUAUCCUGGGUAGAGUUGCAUUUGAGUCUGAAUCCAGCACUGACUCUGUGACAACGGUUUGCAAGAAGGCAGUCGGAAAAGUUGAUGGAAGAACAGUUGCUGUGGUGGACACCCCUGGCCUUUUUGACACAACAUUGUCUAAUAAAGAUGUUCAGCAAGAGAUAGUGAAAUGUGUUUCCCUGUCAGCUCCUGGACCCCAUGUAUUUAUCAUAGUAUUGAGUAUCGGGAGAAUCACGCAAGAGGAGCUGGACACUUUGGACCUCAUAGAGACAACCUUUGGUCCACGGGCAGGAAUGUUCUGCUUAGUUCUGUUUACUAGAGGAGAUGACUUGGAAAAUAAAUCAAUUCAAGAUUACAUUGGGAAAAGCACGAAUGCCAAACUGAAAAAACUGAUCAGAGAUUGUGGAGACAGACUCCAUGUCUUCAACAACAGAGGUAAAGAUGACCGCACACAGGUCACUGAGCUUCUUAAGAAGAUUAACGAAAUGGUGUCCACGAACAAGGGCUGUUUCUACACCAAUGAGAUGUUCCAGGAGGCAGAGGCAGCCAUUAAACAGAAACAGGAAGAAAUACUGAAGGAGAGAGAGAUGGAGAUUAAGGCUGACAUGGAGAAACUGAAGGUCAGCCAUGAAACAGCCAUGGAAAAGAUUAAGUCAAAGUUGGAAGAAGAGAGAUUGAAAGUUCAGGAGGAAAGAAAGCAGAGAGAAAACAUGUUGAGAGAGAGAGAGGAAGCUAUUAGAAAAGAGCAUGAAGAAAAGGAGAAAGCAGAGAAGGAAAAAAGAAAGUUGAAGGACAAGAAAAAGAAAGAAGAUGAAAAGUUGAAAAAAGAAAUAUGGGACACAGAAAAAGACAAGAUGGAAAAAGAGAUACAAUCUCAGAAAAAAAGGUUGGAAAACCAACAAAGAGAAAAGGAGAGAGAAUAUAAAAUUAGAAUGAAACAACAGAGAAAGGAAGAGAAAGACAAAGAAGAAUUGGUUAAAAAUCAAGAAAGGCAGUUUGCUGAACUGAAAAGGAAACAGGAUGAAGAAAUGGAAAAGAGAGAGAAAGAAGAGGAUGAGAGGAGGAAACAUGAAGAGAAAGAAAGACAAGAGUGGCAAAGCAAAAUAGAGGAAGCAGAGAAAGGUCAAACAGAACUCCAAGCGGUCAUGCGUAGAGAAAAAGAUGAAUGGGAGGAACAGUUGAAGAAAGAAAGAGAUAGACAGCAGGAAGAAGACAGGCUGAGGAGACAGAAGGAGGUAGAAACUCUUGGAGAACAAGAUAAAAAACAGAGGAGAUUGAGAGAGGAGUUUGAAAGAGAGAGGGAACAAGAGAGAAUAAAGAUGAAGGAAUUAGAAGAUCAGAGAGAAAAAGAGCAGAAAGAAAGAGAAAAAAUAGAAAAAGAUUUUGAAGAAAAGAGGAGAGAGUUGACAGACAAAAUUACAAUGCAGAAAGAUCAGUGGGAGAGAGAACAUAGAGAGGAACAGGAAAGAAGAUUUAAACAGGAUGAAAAUAGAAAAAUGGAGGAGGAGCAAAAAUCAAGAAAAUGCAACAAGAAGAGAAAAGAAAGAAAGAGAAGGAAGAUGAAGCCAGGAAAGAAAAAGAAGAGAAGAAAAUGA